AUGGCUCUCCAGAAGACUCUUUCAUUGCUUCUGCUCUUGUUGGUGACCCUGCUGGGACUGGGGCUGGUGCAGCCCUCUUAUGGCCAGUCCAUGUACCAACGAUUCCAACAACAACAUGUGGACACUAAACAGAAAGGUAGCACCAGUUUGUACUGCAACAAGAUGAUGCAAACACAGGGGAUGAUGAGGCCUACGUGCAAGCAAUUCAACACCUUCAUCCAUGCAGAUAUCAAGGCCAUUAAUAACAUCUGUAGGAACUCCAAUAUCCGGUGCAAGAAUGGCAAGAUGAACUGCCAUAAGGGUAGAAUGAAAGUCACAGACUGCAAGCUUACAGCAGGUUCCCCGGGAAACUGCAAAUAUAAGGGCAGGGGCAGCUAUAGGAGUGUUGUUAUCGCCUGUGAUGGUAAACCCCUGGUGCCUGUGCACUUUGAUGGAUAG